UUAUACAGCUCUUGAAAACACAACACUCUGUAGACUCUUUGAUAGAAAAUGCAGUGUUCUUAAGAAGGAGAUUUGAUACCCGAAUACAAGUUGUCUGCUGAUUUGGAGACUCUUAUUCUGGUUGAAGCCAUGCUUUGUGAAGGCAGAUUGCUGAGCAUGACCUACAGUGAAUUGGAAGAGCUGGACUCCCUCCCUCCUCAGAAGGCUCUCCAGAGUGCUUAUGGGCUACCGAGAGCAGCUGCUACCCUCAUACCGAGCUCGGCCAGACGCACUCCGCUCGUUCAUCACGGCUCCCCGGAGCAGACAGGUAGCGCAGACAACAGAAGUGCUUCAGCGGACUUGUACAUUUCUCCGUUGCAGUCCUUAGAUCUCCAGAGAGCCCACGCCGCCAGACAGAUCUCUCCAGAGAUAGAGAUCCCGGCCCAGGAUCGCUCAGGUGGUGAUGCCCCAUUCUUGGUUCCCUCCUUCUGCCAGAGCAUCUGUCAAAACUACAGCGACCUCCACAUUGGGGGUGACCAGGUGCUGCCUCUCUCGACCAAUGACGGCGAGCUGAGGGUCUGCACCGAUGCCCAGGCGGUCGGCCCCUUCCUCCAGUCCUGUGACGUCCCGCCGGCUGUGGAGGAUUCUCUCCUAGGACAAGCGUGUCAGGGCGGGCUGCCGUAUCCGCAGAGGGGAGGCUCGAAUCGGUGGAGGCUGGGGAGUGGUCGUGAUCGGAGCUUUUUGCUUCAGGGGCGCGAAGGUCCGUUCUCCAACUCCCUUCUAAAUCACUACCUGGAGCAGAAGCUCUUGGAUCUGUACCAGCAAUACAUGAUGGAGAACAUGGCCAGGGGAGGGGCCCCUGGUUCCGAGUCUGACGGAGGCCCCAUCUGCCCUCUGCUGGGUUCGGAGCUGGUCCUGACGAGCCUGGACCAGAUCACUUUGCAGCUCAGCCGGGAAGGAAACCUGGAGGCCGGCCUGGCCAAAGACAUGGUCCUGAGCUGCCUGCUGCGGGUGGCUGGUGACAUGCAGUCAAGUGAGAUCAGCACUCCCUUUCUGCAGAUUUCAAGUGAGGCAUCCAGGGAGCAGCUCACAGAGAAUAAAGAGGAGUAACCCCGGUGUCAAGGAACUCUCUUAUCCAAUUCUCCCUUUCAUUUUAGUUGAACGCCAAAAAAUAAAAUGGAACUGACAACUGCAUUUUAUUAUUUUGUUCUUUUAUUAGCCGUUGAGAGGAUGUUGAGAGCAAGUUCUGCGAUCAUUAAUUACAAGGAGAAUGUGCUGUAUUUAUGAGUUUUAAUUUGCAGUCUUACCACUAGCGUGUGUGUGUUGUACUGUUUUUUGCAGCUUUCCCUUUUCUGAAAGGACAAUAAAGACAGGAACUGACAACUGAAACUGA